AUGUUCUCAGAAAAUGCUGUAACUCUGGAUACUCAGCUAUCCAACAACUUGGCCAAAUAUCACACUGCUCUGUCAAAAAUCUCGACUGUAUCGCAGCUUGCCAAAUUGCAAGCUGUCAUAAUCAAUGACCACGCAGCUACGCAAAAAUCACUAGACGAUUAUUUGCAAACGUCACACACCAAGCUAAACCAAAACGUGCGAAAACUAGAAUUGCAAAGAACCAAACUGACCCAAACGCUGUCUAAGCUUCAUCAUGCUUUGGAGGAUAUUUAUGUCUCUAAAGAUCUGGCUUUGGCAAUAUCUGCACGCAUAAAAUCCGUGGAUCGUGAACGUAAAUUGGUGGUUCAAACACUUCAGUUCGUUCAUCACAUCCAGACCCUCAAACGCAAUAUUUUGACCGUACACGAGGCCAUAGAAAGAUCCGAUAGUAAGCUCGCCGCUACAGGCAUUGACACGAUCCUCAACUUACCGCCAAACGUUAUUGACUCUCGGUUUGCAGCCAAAGUCGUGCCCUCAGCGGAAAUCCCAGAGAAUCCAGCUAUUCUUGUGAAGCAAUGGACCGACGUUCUUGCCAAAAAGUUUCAAGAAAAAUUUGAGAAAGCGGCUGAAAUUCAAGACAUAAAAGAGCUCACGUCGGUUUUUGAACUGUUUCCCUUGAUUAGAAAAUCUGAACUAGGACUCGAUCUCUACUCCAGAUAUGUUUGUGACAUAAUUUCCACACAAAGUCGUAAAAUAAUGACCGGCGCAACCCCUACGAAUACACCGUUUUAUUCUAAAGCCUUGUUGCAUCUCUUUAAGAUUGUUUCAACGAUAAUCAAUGAGCAUUCGAAAAUUAUUGCAGAGUGUUACGGUAAAGAGCAUAUGGUUCAUAUCAUGACCAAAGUUCAACGUGAGGCCGAUAUGCAAGCAGGUUUGAUUUUGGAUAGCUUUUUGGAAGCCAGAAAUUUUGAUGAGCUUCUAAAAGCCAUCCGUGAAUACGAAAGAUCUCCCAAUGUUCCAGAUGAAUCCAGAAGUGAACCUCCAUCCAUUGCGCGUGUUUCAAGCACUCUUGGUGAAUACAGUACAAUCUUGCAGAACUGGUCCAUGUACUGCAGGUUUUUUGCGCUAAAGUGGAAUGAAUUCAGCAAUAUUCAAGUAUCUGCUGGGACUUUAGAAUUGCCGUUGCCUAUACUACAGGGUAAUUUUUACUCAAAAAUCCACGGUGCUGGUUUCUUGGAUGGAUUCAAAAAACUUAUGGAGUACUAUUUGCACCACUCGUUUACUAGAAUGGUUGCUUUGGAAUCCUUACCAUCGCUCAACCAAUUCAUCAUCAAAAAACCAUACAAACACGAUGACUUUUCCAGUUAUGCCUUCUCGUCCAUCGUCGAAGAUCUGACUCUUUUACUGAGAAACUGUCUUAUCCUGAACGUGAACACAGGCCAGAACUCUCUGAUGAAUGACUUCUUGGGCACGUUAAAGCGUUUCUUGCAAAACGAAUAUCUCAUGAAGUUUUUACAGCACAACUUGCGGCUUCUACAGCCUCGCUUGAUGAGUGCGGUUGGUCUCAAACAAUAUAUUCCUCACUCAGAGUCCAAUAGUACGUCGCGAGCAGCAUCACCUGGAGUUAUGGACCCCUCGAAACUAGCGAAUCUCAGAUUCAAUCUGAAAGGAGCAGCUUCCAGUGCAUUUUCCAAUAUCCAAUCCAACUUGCAAGCCGUUUAUGCCGACGAGGACUCGGUGCUAAAGCUUCAUCAUUAUCUUGUCUACGUCAACACCUUGGGAGUUGGUCGCGAAUUUUUACAAAGGCUGCUCACGAAGGAGUUGUUACAGGACAAUCCCAACCUCUUGCGCGACAAUUUUCCGUUUGAACUCGAAGCGCAAAACUUGCAAGAUGCAAUGGAAACGGUGGAGUCAAACUUACUUGUCCAAAAUGACAAAUUACUGAAUUGGGCUGUAAAGCAGCUUUUCGAUAACAUUUUGCAGCCCAAAGUCCGCAAAAUGCUGGGGUCGCUUUUUGUACAAGGCCCAGACGACGAGUAUCUCUCGAGCGCUGUAGACUUUGAAGACAUGUCGCAUUUGCAGCAGUUUGGAGCCGAGUGGAGUGAUACCAUGAUUCCAUACGCCAAUGUUCUAUACAAAAGAUGUCAAUUCCAGCUUCUUAGCUGCAUCGUGGAUUAUUUGGUUGCUCAGAUUGCCACCCGUUUGUGGGGUCUACAAGUCAACGAGCUGGGAUCCAUUAAGCUCGAUCGUGAAUUGAGCUCCCUGAUAGCGAUUGUGUGCGAAGACCGAUACGCGCUGCGUGAAAAAUUCACGAAACUCACCCAAAUUGUACUGGUAAUGGGGCUGGAAGACGACGACUUCGAUCUUGCUACGCGAGAUGUCAAACACGAGAUUAUCAGCGACAUUAACUGGGCUAUAACCCCAGCUGAACGCAUUCGUGCACAUGAACUUCGCGUUGACAUUCGUCGUUAA